CUGGCGGGAUUCCAAAAGGCUCCAAGGCAGCCCUCCACGCGCAGCGAGCCGGCCGGCAGCAUGGAGCAGUCUUGGACGAGGCCCCAUGAGUGCGGAUCCCCUGGUGGGCUACAGCAGCAGCGGUUCCGAGGAUGAGGCCGAGGCCGGGGCGCGGACCAGGCCGGGGUCUGGGGGCCGCCGUCGUCAUGAUACCUUGGCUAAGAAAACAGCCCACCCUGUCCCCCGUUCUUCUCCAGAUGAAGCCAGGGAGGAGUUCCUGGAUCUGCUUGACAUGUUGCUGCCCCAUGCCCAGACAUACGUUCCCCGGCUGGUAAGGAUGGAGGCGUUCCACCUCAGCCUGUCCCAGAGCGUGGUUCUGCGCCACCACUGGAUCCUGCCCUUCGUGCAGGCUCUGAAAGACCGUGUGGCCUCCUUCCAGAGAUUCUUCUUUACUGCCAACCGGGUAAAAAUUUACACCAAUCAAGAGAAAACCAGGACCUUUGUUGGGCUUGAGGUCACCUCAGGGCAUGCCCAGCUCCUGGACCUGGUUUCAGAAGUGGACAGAGUCAUGGAGGAAUUUGACCUCACCACUUUCUACCAGGACCCUUCAUUCCACAUCAGUCUGGCCUGGUGUGUGGGUGAUGCACGUCUCCAGCUGGAAGGGCAGUGCCUGAGGGAACUACAGGAAAUGGUGGAGGAGUUUGAAGACUCAGAGAUGCUGCUGCGUGUGCACGCUGAGCAGGUCCGCUGCAAGUCUGGGAACAAGUUCUUCUCGAUGCCUUUGAACUGAGCACCAGAGGCCUUCCUUGUCCUAGGCCUUUCUGCAGCCAUGCAGAGAUGAAGGAGCCUGCUAAAAUCGACAGGGGUGCUCCCAGCUUCCUGCCAGGAGGCCCCAGUCAUGCCUUCAGCCUGGCAGGAGGUGUAGCUAGUCCUUUUCAUUCCUGGGGGCUGGCUGUCUAUCUCCAGGAGUUUUUUGGGUUGCAGGUUCAGUGCUGUUGUGUGUGUGGUCAUUCCCAGAAAUCGCCAGUAGAGGGCAACCUGGGGGUGUCCUAAUUCUUGCUCUGUGGAUGUUAGGCAGAAAAAAAAAUAUUGUAGUCACAUGGUGAUCCCACCCACACUCAGCUAAAAUCCCCACUGUAGUCCCUCUGACAAGUAGUCCCUCCCUACCUCCCCCACUUCCCCACCUCAGCAGUUUACUUCGAUGCCAUUGUCCGUAGUCCAGUGUCUCUUAAAGUCAUCAUGCCCUGGUUCAUCCCUGGUCAUGCCAGGACAUGGGGUGCUUCAGUGGGUCUGUCACGCUCCCUCCUUGAAGCGUGUCACUUUUAUUUAUUCACUCUUAAUCUCACCCCCUCCUGUGUCAGCAGAGGCCAUUUCAGGGCCAAGGUACAGGGUGCUAAUUCAUGGUCAGCAUGGGUUUUCUCCAUUCCUUCCUCCUACUCGCCCAGCCAGGUGCCUGGGGAGACUUGAGCAGAUGUUUCAUAUUGGCCUGGCUGGUGGCUGAAAGCCAGGCCUCCAACGCUCUGUGACCUCUGGCCUCCCCAUCAGCUUUCCCAAAGAGGCAGAGAGGCGCUUUCCCCGCUCACAGUUCUCCUGCUGCUGCCUCCUCCUGCCUGCUGUGGCCUGCAGGCAUUCUGAGGACAAACAUGGAGGGAGGGCCGGCUGCACAGGAUUUGUAUUUUUCAUCAAGCUCUCACGAGAGUGAAGGACCAACCCUCUCCAGUUGUCAUCUGGAUUUCUGGUGAUGGAUGAAGAAAAGAAAUUUUUUUUGGUGGCUGGCUGGUGUAGGUGCAGGGAUCCAAACCCUUGACCUUAGU